UGCAGCUAUUUUUAUUUUGCAUAGUCUUUAGACGUACAUUUGAAAAACACUCAAGUUAUAGUUGGAGUUCAUUGGCGGGAUGUGCUAAUAAAGCCCAGUGAGCUCGAGCUGUCGGCAAUCCCCAGCGAUCCUGUCGCCUGGCAACAAGCAAACUUUUCCUUCAGUCUCAGAGCCUGUGUUUACCAUGAGCUUCUCCGCUUUAGACAGCCAAGUGUUUCUUCAAACUAUGAACUUUUAGCUUAGAAACAGGCCCAAGACACAACUGCAAUGUCGAAAACAUCCAAGAAAAAAGCGUCGUCAACGAGCCUCGUCGCUUCUUCGCCAGGACAAUCUCCCAAAAAAGAUGCUUCUUCAGCAGUGGUCAGUUCAUCAGAAGGCCCUGGAGAACCACAGAGGAGCCACCUGCCUCUCUGGCCAGAGUGGAAUGACACUGAGGUUAAUGCUGAGAAAUGGGAUGCGGUGAAAGCUUCUAAGGACAGCAAGAACCUCUUUGAUGAUCCAGAGGGUAAAGUUGAACUUCCAGCCUCUUUGAGAGUUCACACCUGGAAACGUCCUUCAGAAUACAUAGUUAAUAAGACUCCUGUUGUUGUGGAUAAUGAAGUUGCUUUUGACCUUACCUCUGCAAAUGAACAUUUACUUUCAAGUGAGCUGAUGCGAUGGAUCAUUAGUGAGAUUUACAUUUUGUGGAAAGUCUGCAAUACAGGAGAGGGAAAGCCUGUCUCUGCGGAAACCGUUUCCAACACUUGGAGACCCUGGGAACACAUUUACUCCUUAUGUAAAGCAGGAAAGGGCCAUAUACCCCUCUACAAUGCCUAUGGGAAGUAUGUUGUUAAACUCUACUGGAUGGGAUGUUGGAGGAAGAUUACUGUUGAUGACCUGUUACCAUUUGACAAGGACAACAAUCUUCUACUUCCUGCUACUCUUAACCAAUCAGAGCUUUGGCCCAUACUGUUGGCUAAAGGCAUACUGAAGGUGGCCAGUACUGAUGUUCCUGUCUACAGCUCCGGGAGGGAGUUGGGAGAGUUUACAGUCAUCCACACUCUCACUGGCUGGAUUCCAGAGAUGAUUCCUUUAAAAUCUUGGUAUACAGGAGACAUUUGGAAAUUCCUGAAGGAAAAUAUUCCGAAAUUCCAGUAUGAAGAAGAAAGCUCAGAGGAGAAGGCCAAGGCUGCUGACGACACAACUGCAAAGGAUUCUGAUGUGAACGAGAUCAAUAGUGAAACUGACACAGGUAUAGCCACUGCUGCUACAACUAUACCUCAAAUUGUUGUGUGUGCCAGUUACCAACCCCUGCAUCUUUUGGAGAAAAGGACCUCAGUGCUUACUAAGAUGGCCGAUUCAUCUGAGAGUCUAAGGCAGUAUGGCCUUUCUCAGCUGUACAGUCACCCUGUGCUGCUUACUAGGACUCGAGACUGCCCCCUGGCGGCCCCACCCAAACCACCCCCAGUUCCUAACUGGAAGCUCAUCCGCCCACGCAAGCAGACCAGCAUCACAGAUGAACCCAAAGAGCCCCCUGUUCAGAAGCCAGAGGAGUUCAUAGAGGUUUGCAGCCCCUUCAUCAACUUCAAACUCAUGACUGUGGCCGCUCAUGACAUGGAGCAGGGUGCUGUAAAGAGGCGUGGCUAUAGCUCUAAUCUGGCUUCCUUCUCUGAAAUGGAUGAUAGCGAGAAUGACCACCCCAAAAAUGACAUCAUCCAGAACAGUCCUAAUACGUUGGAUGUCACCGAAACCAAUCAGGUAACGGCAGAGGACAAGAAUAAGGGCGAAAGUAUUGCCAAUGAUGCAGAGAGAGCAGAAUCAACUUCAAAAUCUGAAAAAGAGAGCGACAAUAAGGAUAAAGAGAGGGUGCAGACAGCCAAAGAGUCAAAUACAGUGCUUCAGUCCCAGGAUGAGUCUGAUAAACCCUUGCUGCAGGACACAUGGGUGGAUCUUCACAACUUCACUAAAUGCUUCCAAACGUUGUUGGUUUUCCACAAGCCGGACACAUAUGCACAUCAAUGCACGACAGCCCACUGUCAGAACUCCGUCUCUUCUCGACUGUCUGCUUCUCCACUGUCCAACGCUAUGGCCUCCACCCACUCCGUUACUGCUUCUGCUAGACAACCUGAAUCUAACACAACUUAUCACACACAGUCUGCAGACUUGAAAUGUACACACUUUCUGUUUGUGGACAACCUGUUACCCACUGAAAUUGUCAUCUGUUUCUCAGCAUUAGCACAGUGGGGAGAAAGUAUGGAAGAGAAAAGGGUGUCUCCUACCAGGCCUGGUUUCCUGACAGCUAGGCCAUUCUCAUGGAAGAGCAUCGUGUCUGAACUCCCGGUGUUGCAGAUUCAAACCACAGCUAGUAAAGCUGCAUUACUGUCACUUCCUCCUGGACGUCAUGUUCUUCAUAUUCAAACAAGAGCUUCAUUUGCCAUCCAUGUACAUCUCUGCAGCAUGUCUCCCUUCGUAUUUGGUGAUGAGGAGACCGUAGUGCCACACCUUGACAAGGAGAGUUUAAGGUUCUGCGAGCAGGCCACAAUGAUUCUGAGAGCUCUUGCUCGAGUGGUCAGCUGCUUUUCAGAUCCUGAGGCACUGCCCUCAGCUACCAAAGAUCUUGAAAGGACCCAUGGCGUAGGCAUACAGCAGCAAAGGGUAGGUUUUGCAUAUUCACAAACACACACUGGUGGAUUAAAGAGAGCUCAGCAGAUUUUUCUUGUGAUCCAGGUCUUUAAUGAGGCUGUUUAUCAAAUGUUCUGCACUGCGCUGGGGCGGAAAUUGACCUCAGAUGAGCUGUUUGCGGUGCAGACUCUGACCGGAGACCCAUCGCCACACGGCAGCAAUGAAAAAGCAGCGGACUUGCAGUCAGAAAGCAACCCUGAGGGAUGGAACGGCAGGCAUGUCACUGACCAGGAAAUGCAGGCAGCUACUGUCCUACAGGCAGGUUGGAAGGGAUACUUGGUCAGAGAAAUACUCACUGCAGCAAGACCAGGCACCAAGGAAAAUCUGAGUGUCACAAAGACUCUGGAGGAGAUGUGGGUUUCUGUGGAGUCAGAUUUAGAGAAACAUGCUGUAGCUUUGCUGAGACACAUGGUUGAUAAUGGUGAAGGAAUAGCAGAGCUCUACCCUUGCAGAGAAGAUGAGUGCAACAGAAUAACAUUCACUGACUAUUCAGUACCUGUACCAGAGGUGGCAAACUCCUGGAUUUUGAUCUUCAGGGAGGUGUUUCAUGUUCAUAAGAACAUGCUUCUUGUUCCCAAGAUCUACUCUCCUCUCCCUGUAUGUAUUUUGCACGUCAUAAAUAAUGACACUUUAGAGGAAAUCCCCCGAGUGUUUAACAGGGUAGAGCCACACCUGUACACCCCAAAUAAGAGUGGUUACACGUUUGUUGCUGAGGCACAUACUGGAGACACACCCCUGACUGGAGGAAAAUGGUGCAUGCGUCUGAUUGGCUCCCGAGAACCAGUACCAAAGCUGGCUAAAGAAACACCAAACAAUAACUUCUCUGUUAAAGAGUUAAAAGGUUACUACAUCCCUAAUAGAAAGAACAUCAUCUCCAGACAUAUGGUAAAAGUCUCCAGUGAUCACAGUGCUACUGUGCAGUUUCAGACUUCACAAUCAGAUGUCUACAUUAAACUGAGUAUCUUAGACAAUGAAAAAGAGGUCAUCAGCAACCAGGGCAAAGGCCAUGUCAUCAUCCCAGUCUACUGCUUCUUAGCCGGCAAUGGCGGUUCUGUGGCCCAAACGGGGGCGAGGCAGGAUCAGGGCAGCCUUACAGCAGAAGGGACUCUGACAGGAGGAAAGGAAGGGAGUGACCGGCACCCUACGGACACACUGGUUCAUAAGUAUUGUAUUCAGGCGGAGGUGUUGCAGGAAAGCUGGCCUUUAGAUGAAUCUCUUGCCUCCUUCAUCCAGAAUCUCAGAGACGAGGAGCGCAAUGAAAUGAAAGUGUUUGGGGAUUUUUUGGACGGCACUUCUGCAUCUGUUGGUGCAGAUCAGCAAAACAAAGAUGGCCAGAAACCUGCUCCUAAAUCAACACACAAGGUCAAGGAACGAGAAAAGGACAAAGACAAACUAACAUCCAAGUCGAGCUUCACUAUGGGCCAAGUCAGUAAUUUGGAUGCAACUAAGCCCCACUGGACCCUACGUGUGGUGAGUGACCAAAGUAAAGCAGGAACUAUAGAGGUAAAGAAAGACACAGAGAAACUAGAGGAAAUCAGAGCGAUGAAACUGGCCUGGGAAACUGCUGAGCCCGGCAGAGCAGCAAAGGCUCAUCAGAACCGGCUGCGCUAUCUCAAAGAGCUACAAGCAAAUGCGGAGGGCAAAGAGCCUAUCACAGCUGAGACAGGCACGCCUCAGUCCCAACAGAGCGGAGAGAUCAGUGUCCUCUCAAAGAACAUUAGCAAAACUGACAUCGAUUAUACACCAUUUUUUAGGAAGUCUUUGCCCCAGCCUCGUCUGAAGGAUGAACUGAUUGAGGAGGAGCAGAGAAGGGAACGUUCAGAGAAGUUCCAAAGCUUCCGUCUGAUCUGGGACAACAUUCUGGAACAGCGUAAACAGGAAAAAAUUACACGCAGGGAAAUGAUGAAACGACAGCUGGAGACUUACGUUGGUUUUCAGGACGCUAUGGAUGCGUACCGGCAAAAGAUGCUCCAGGCCCGCGAGGCGUAUCGCACCCAUGUCUUAGAGCAGCAGCCUCUUAAUAAGGAAGAUGUGUCUGUGGAAGCAACUGAACAGGUGGAGUUAGAGAAAAACCCUACUCAGGUUCAACCAGGUGCACGUAAGAGUGCCAACAAGAAGAAGUGAUCUGAUUGGUCACAACUAUACAACAUUAAACUGGUGUGGUCUGUACUUUAAUUAAAGUGAUUAAUUUUA